AUGACUCGGAGAAAUAACAUGACGAGGAAGAGAAAGAAGGGAGAACUGGAGGAGCUGAAGAAGGAUGUGGUCAUGGAUGAUCACAAGUUGACCCUGGAAGAGCUAAGCACCAAGUACUCUGUGGACCUGACAACAGGCCACAGCUCUAAAAAUGCAGAGGAAAUCCUAAAUCGGGAUGGACCCAAUGUACUCACCCCGCCCCCCACCACUCCAGAAUGGCUCAAGUUCUGCAAACAGAUGUUUGGGGGCUUCUCCCUCCUGCUGUGGACAGGCUCCAUCCUCUGCUUCGUGGCCUACAGCAUCCAGUUCUACUUCAAGGAAGACCCUACCAAGGAUAACCUGUACCUGGGCAUUGUCUUGGCUGUUGUGGUCAUCAUCACUGGCUGCUUCUCCUAUUAUCAGGAGGCCAAGACCUCCAAGAUCAUGGAGUCUUUCAAGAACAUGGUGCCUCAGCGAGCUCUGGUCAUUCGUGGGGGAGAGAAGCUACAUAUCGAUGCACAAGAAGUGGUGUUGGGAGAUCUGGUGGAGGUGAAGGGGGGAGACCGCAUCCCAGCUGACAUCCGGCUCAUCUCUGCACAAGGAUGUAAGGUGGACAACUCAUGCCUGACUGGAGAGUCUGAACCCCAGACCCGCUCCCCCAAUUUCACCCAUGAGAACCCCCUGGAGACCAACAACAUCUGCUUCUUCUCCACCAACUGCGUGGAAGGAACUGCGAGGGGCAUCGUCAUCGCCACAGGGGACUCCACUGUGAUGGGCCGCAUCGCCACGCUGACCUCCGGCCUGCCCAUGGGCCAGUCACCCAUCUCGGUCGAGAUCGAGCACUUCAUCCACCUGAUCACCUCCGUGGCCGUCUUCCUGGGUGUCUCCUUCUUCGUGCUCUCCCUCAUCCUGGGCUACAGCUGGCUGGAGGCCGUCAUCUUCCUCAUCGGCAUCAUCGUGGCCAAUGUGCCCGAGGGGCUGCUGGCCACUGUCACUGUGAGUCUGACGCUGACAGCCAAGCGCAUGGCACACAAGAACUGCCUGGUGAAGAACCUGGAGGCGGUGGAGACACUGGGCUCCACGUCUACCAUCUGCUCGGACAAGACGGGCACCCUCACCCAGAACCGCAUGACUGUCGCCAACUUGUGGUUCGACAAGACCAUUUAUGAGGCCGACACCACUGAAGAUCAGUCCAGGGACACAUUUCCCAAGAACUCUGCUACCUGGUUUAUCCUGGCCCGAAUUGCUGGUCUCUGCAACAGGACGGACUUCAAGGCACAUCAGGAGUCAGUCCCCAUAGCUAAGAGGGAGACAACAGGUGACGCUUCCGAGUCUGCCCUCCUCAAGUUCAUCGAGCAAUCCUACAGCUCUGUGAAGGAGAUGAGAGAGAAGAGCCCCAAAGUAGCAGAGAUCCCCUUCAACUCCACCAACAAGUACCAGUUAUCCAUCCACCUUCGGGAGGACAGCUCCCAGGCCCAUGUCUUGAUGAUGAAGGGGGCUCCGGAGAGGAUCUUGGAGUUCUGCACCAGUUACCUUCUGCAUGGGCAGGAGUACCCAAUGGAUGACGAAAUGAAGGAAGACUUCCAAAAUGCAUACUUGCACCUGGGCGGCCUGGGCCAGCGUGUCCUAGGGUUCUGCUUCCUGAAUCUGCCCAACACUUUCUGUAAGGGAUUCCAGUUCAACACAGAUGCAAUCAACUUUCCCAUGAACAACCUCUGUUUUGUGGGGCUCAUAUCCAUGAUUGACCCUCCCCGAGCUGCAGUGCCUGAAGCUGUGCGCAAGUGUCGCAGCGCAGGGAUUAAGGUGAUUAUGGUAACAGGGGACCAUCCCAUUACAGCCAAGGCCAUUGCCAAGGGUGUGGGCAUCAUCUCAGAAGGCACCAUGACGGCAGACUCCAUUGCAGCACAGCUCAACGUCCCGGUCCAGGAGGUCGACAGGAGUAAGGUCUCUGCCAUUGUGAUACACGGCUCAGAGUUAAGGGACAUGAACUUGGAGCAGCUGGACGAGAUCCUCCGGAACUACACGGAGAUCGUGUUCGCGCGGACGUCCCCACAGCAGAAGCUCAUCAUCGUGGAGGGCUGCCAGCGGCAGGGAGCCAUCGUGGCGGUGACCGGAGACGGCGUGAACGACUCCCCGGCGCUGAAGAAGGCUGACAUCGGCAUUGCCAUGGGCAUCGCGGGCUCUGACGUCUCCAAGCAGGCGGCCGACAUGAUCCUACUGGACGACAACUUUGCCUCCAUUGUCACUGGCGUGGAGGAGGGCCGCCUCAUCUUUGACAACCUGAAGAAGUCCAUCGCAUACACGCUGACCAGCAAUAUCCCCGAGAUCACCCCCUUCUUGCUCUUCGUAAUCCUCAGCAUCCCCCUGCCUCUGGGCACCAUAACCAUCCUCUGCAUUGACCUGGGCACAGACAUGGUCCCUGCCAUCUCCUUGGCUUAUGAGUCAGCUGAGAGUGACAUCAUGAAGAGGUGUCCCCGGAACCCCACAUGUGAUAACCUAGUGAACAACCGUCUCAUCGGCAUGGCCUACGGACAGAUAGGGGUGAUCCAGGCACUGGCUGGAUUCUUCACCUACUUUGUGAUCCUGGCUGAAAAUGGUUUUAAGCCCUUUGAUCUUCUGGGCAUCCGUCUGGACUGGGAAAAUCGGUACUUGGGUGACCUGGAGGACAGCUACGGACAGCAGUGGACCUAUGAACAGCGGAAGGUAGUGGAGUUCACAUGCCACACAGCCUUUUUCGUGAGCAUCGUGAUCGUGCAGUGGGCUGACCUCAUCAUCUGCAAGACACGCCGCAACUCUGUGUUCCAGCAGGGCAUGAAAAACAAGGUCUUGCUCUUUGGGCUCCUGGAAGAGACUCUACUGGCUGCUUUGCUGUCCUACACUCCAGGCAUGGACAAGGCCCUGCGAAUGUACCCGCUCAAGAUAUUCUGGUGGUGCUGCGCGCUCCCUUACAGCAUCCUCAUCUUCAUCUAUGACGAAAUCAGGAAACUCAUCAUCCGGACGCAUCCCGGCGGCUGGCUGGAGAUGGAGACCUACUACUAGGUUCAGCGGGGAGAGCCCCAUAUGACAGGGGGUUCAGGGGCUUGGGGUGAUGGGUUUGCUGCUGACAACAGAGACGACGUGUGAGAUGGACAGGGCCUACCUUGGACGAGAACCAGCUGCUCUGGGGUGAACUGGGGCGCCAGGGGCCAGCAGUGAAGAGCCAGCGGCUGAGGCCCAGCAUGGGGAGGGCUCUGUCUUUUGGGGCAGCCAGUCAGAAGUAAACGUUG